CACGAAAAAUAUCGCAAAGUUUCAUAUCAAGUUCUUUAAGUCUUCACUUUAACCUCAGCUGCUGACAUAGCCUCUGGAAUUGUCAUCGCCUAGCUAAAGGGGUAGGGGCGGCUCGUCUAAAAAGUAGUCCGUGCCUAAUAAUCCCGGCGACCGUAAUACGGCAUGAGCCUUGUGGGACGAAACAUGUAAAUCCUCUCUCUUGAUAUCUCCUCAGUCUGAAUCGCAAUUGUCUGGAUGCAUGACGCACCUGCUCGUAUUACUCAAUAUAUUAAGCGUUUAUAGCCCUAGAUGCCAAAAUCUCCGAUUGCCAUUUGAACCAUGGGUGAUCUCAAGGACCCGACUCGAACCUGACAGGAAACGCCAGAAAACCCUCAGCCUUGCCUCGGACGUCCUCGAAGUCGAAUAGAAUCACCCAAGCACUGUCGAACAAUGCUGAGGAGUCAAUUGAACGAUACUCUCCAUCCCAAUGUGGAUAUGAGGGACGGAGAUGAUAUGAUGGACGACGGCGGAACACCGCGACGACGACGAGCAGUCUCACGAUCUCCUUCGAAAGCACGCUCACUAUCAGAUGGCGGACCUCCAACAUUGUCACCAUCCCCAAAGUUUCGAGAGCCAGAGAAGAGGAAAUCAAAAGACGAUAGUGCACUCGAGGCGAGUCCAUCCACUCCGCGUCGUCCAGCCUUCCCGCGUGGCCUUUCUCUACAAAUGCCGGCACGAGACCUGAUGUCACCAAACACAUCAGCAUAUAUCAAUCGUGUACCUUUAUCACCCAAACUUGAUCACUCGCAGACCUAUGGCUCACCGUCUAGUGUGCUUCCGAGGCGGUCUCGAGGUUUAGACUUUUCUCGCGCGGCGACGAACCUUCAUCAUUCGACUCUAGCAGAGCAAUCUUCGCCCGACUCCUCUCCAACCAUAACAGGGCGGGCGAUGAACAUACCAAACAGGAAGAAUGGUUUGCACUUCUCCAGCAACUCCGAAUCCAUGAACGCCUCCACUUCUUUGUGGUCGACUAUGGCAAAUGCGGAGCGCAUGACAGUCUCCAGUUCUCUGGGAAGUGUGAACAUGCUGGGUUCUGAAUCAUCAAGCAGUUCCUCGGACGACGAUGACCUGAUGGACGCAGACGAUAUCGAUGACUCCAUACUCACGACUCCACAAGUGAACAAACUCGCAGGCCCCUUUGCAGGUCCUCAGGCAAGCCCCGGAAAUGCAUGGACCACACAAUCACCAGCAAUGAGCAGUUUGAUGAAUUUCCAACGCGCUCGACUACGACAUGGAAAGAGUAGAAAGAGUUCAAGUAGCGGAAGCGGUGCAUCCAUGGCCAGUCCAAGCUCGAAAUCUCCUCCCAUGCGCGGCGUCGACAAUAUGAAUAGUGGAUACUUUGGCAGGGAGCAGGCGGAGGGUCUACAAGCAAGGCGUGAGAGCAUAAGCUGGGCGGCGAAUCAACUACACAUAUCCGGCAGUGAGAGCGAUGAUGGUACGCUGAAGUCUACCCUAGAAAGUGUUGACCCUAUCACACCAGGUCGAGAUGGUCAGCGUGGUGUCAUUCGAAGACCAGUGACCAGGAGGGGAAAUAUGCUGCCCAAGACCAAGGGGUUUGCGCGUAUUCGAGCAGCACUUGCGGAGGAGAGCACACCAGUUGAGACAGAGGUUCGGCGAGAGGCAGAAGUUGUUCGACAAACUAGAGAGGCGGACAUGGAUAUUGAACCAAGACACCCACCCCUUUCUACUACUACGACAUCGCAAUCUUCUCCCAGCCUUGGACCUACUACACAAGACUUGUUGGAAGGUAUACCAGAAGAUGAGAUCAUGUCGGAUGCUACAUCAGGGUUGUCAAGCAGCUUCAAGCAGCAUGCCAUGCGCAACUCCAAAGGCAAGGAGUUUUGGGAGACAUUCAAGGAUGAGAGAACUCCCCCUCCACCAUUCCUACCUCGAGGUUCAUCAUCGGGAAUCAGCGAAGAUAUAUGCUUAGAUUCACCAUCUACAUUGACGCCGCCUUUAUUCCCAACCAUGUCACAAUCUACUACUUCCGAUCACCAACCAUCCUCACCUUCAAGAUCCUCUACACCACAACCAGCUCCUGGUCCAACACCAGCAGAGAUCACGAGGAAGGUGAACAAUAAGCGUCGACGAGACGAUGACUUCGAUCCUACAAGCUUCAAGCGUAGAGCUGUCAGUCCAGGUAUGAGUGUACAUAACAGUCCUGUCAUGCAAAGUCCCAUGCAACGGGAUCUUGCCCCAUGGGGUAGUCGACCUCCCAGCAACGGAGAUGCUAGCAAAAUUGCUCCGAAUGGAGGACCGAAGAGGGUGGGAUUCCAGGGUAUGGUGGAUACCAAUGAUGGAUUGAUGAAGAUGAGUAUUGAGUGAGAUCGUAUUAUGGUCUUGGUGGUCCUGUAAAAUUGUUUGGUCUGAAAAUAUGGUGCAUUUGCGAGGCGCUUUGAGUUUUGGGGUUGCGAUGAAUUAGGAGAUACCAAUACAUAUUUUAUUUGCAG